CCUGGGCCCCUCCCACCGUUCUAGACCCCUGUGCCCUCCCUGGGCUCUGAGUUGGAAGAAGCUGGAACAGCUGGGGAGGAUUAGGUUGGGGAGGAAGAUUGCAAAACUGGAGGAGGAGCAUGUGGCCAGAGUGGGAAGAGCCUGGUCCACGUUCUGCCCAGACUUGCCCUGUGGCCUUGGCUGAGUCCUUCCCAUCCCAGCCUCAGUAUCCGCAUCUGUGCAGAGGCUAGUCUAGGUGGUCCCUCCGGAAGGGACUGGCGAAGGGCAAAGUGAUCCUCGGUCCCAGAACCUCCUAGCUACAGACUCUCUCCACCACAGAGGUGGAGGUGUGUAAAUCUUUAACUAGCUAGCCCUGGGCAGGCCCAAGCCUUUCCGGAUGGAUGGCUGCCUGGGACGUGGGGGAUGAGGGUGGGGGAUGUAAGGUGUGUAGAGCCAGUCCCAGUGUGGUGGAGAAGGGAGGGUAUUGAGGAGGGGAGAGAAGGAGACUCGGGCGGAGCUAACUCUGUGUGCGAAGCAGGACAUGGAGGAACGCGGAUCCCCGGACGGGUAAGUACAGAUUUAGGGAGGUUCGAGGAGCCGCUGGCGCAGGGAUGGUUAACUCACAGUUGCUGCCAUAGAGACCCCGCGCGGAACCUGGAGCAGGGGCCAGAGGGGCCUGAAACGCCUAUCCAAGUGGUGCUAAGGGUGCGUCCCAUGAGCGCGGCGGAGCUGCGUCGAGGGGAACAGAGCGCGCUGCAUUGCUCAGGGACUCGGACUCUGCAGGUAAGUCCCCCAGGCGGGGGCCCAGACGUGGCGUUCCGCUUCGGCGCAGUGCUGGACGGGACGCGCACGCAAGAAGACGUGUUCCGGGCGAGUGGCGUGCGGCGCCUGGGCGAGCUGGCGCUGCGCGGCUUCUCCUGCACCGUCUUCACCUUCGGUCAGACCGGCUCCGGGAAGACCUACACCCUGACCGGACCUCCUCCCCAGGGGGAGGGGGUGUCGGUCCCCCCAAGCCUGGCUGGCAUCAUGCAGAGGACCUUCGCCUGGCUGUUAGACCGUGUGCAGCACCUGGGUGCCCCUGUCACUCUCCAUGCCUCCUACCUGGAGAUCUACAAUGAGCAGGUUCGAGACUUGCUGAGCCUGGGGUCUCCCCGGCCCCUCCCUGUUCGCUGGAACAAGACCCGGGGCUUCUAUGUGGAGCAGCUGCGGGUAGUGGAGUUUGGGAAUCUGGAGGCCCUGAUGGAGCUUCUGCAAAUGGGUCUUAGCCGUCGAAGGAGCUCCGCUCACACCCUGAACCAGGCCUCUAGCCGAAGCCAUGCCCUGCUCACCCUCUACAUCAGCCAGCAAACUGCCCUGAUCCCCCAACCCCAGCAGAUGCCUCCUGUGGAUCCCGGGGAACCACCUGCUGGUGGAAAGCUGUGCUUUGUAGACCUGGCCGGCAGUGAGAAGGUGGCAGCCACAGGAUCCCGUGGGGAGCUGAUGCUUGAGGCCAAUAGCAUCAACCGCAGCCUGCUGGCCCUGGGUCACUGCAUCUCCCUGCUGCUGGAUCCACAGCGGAAGCAGAGCCACAUCCCCUUCCGAGACAGCAAGCUCACCAAGCUGCUGGCGGACUCGCUGGGGGGCCGCGGGGUCACCCUGAUGGUGGCCUGCGUGUCCCCCUCAGCCCAGUGCCUUCCCGAGACUCUCAGCACCCUGCGAUAUGCAAGCCGAGCUCAGCGGGUCACCACUCGGCCGCAGGCCCCCAAGUCCCCCCUGGCAAAGCCGCCCCUGCAUUUGGAGACCGAGCUAUUACAGCUCCGAGAGGAGAACUGUCGCCUGCGGUCCCAACUGGGCCAGAUGGACCCCAAGGCCUCUGGCCUCGCUGGGGCCCGGGUCGCCUGGGCUCAGCGGAACCUCUACGGGAUGCUGCAGGAGUUCAUGCUGGAGAAUGAGAGGCUCAGGAAAGAAAAGAGGCAGCUGCAGAGCAGCCGGGAUCUGGCCCGGGAUGAGCAGCGCGUCCUGGCACAGCAGGUCCAUGAGCUCGAGAGACGCCUCCUCUCUGCCUGCUACCUUCACCAGCCAGGCUCUGGCCCAGCCCCACCGUGUCCCUGUGUGAUGAUGCCACCUCCCCCCUGCCACGCCCUGCCACCCCUCUGCUCCUGUUCCUGCUGCCACCUCUGCCCCCUGUGCCGAGCACCGCUGGCCCACUGGGCCUGCCCACAGAGGGAGCUCCACAUGCCCCAGAUGUUUGUCUCUAAGGCCCCAGGUGACGUGCCCCUGUCUGCUCGGCCCCCACCCUGGGCGCCCCCAUGCAGCCCUGGCUCUGCCAAGUGCUCAAGAGAGAGGAGUCACAGCGGCUGGACUCAGACCCGAGUCCUGGCAGAGAUGCUGACCAAGGAGGAAGUGAUACCCUCUGCACCCCCACUGCCCGCGGGGCCCCUGAACACAUCACCAGUGCCAAGAGGUGGGGCUGCAGUUCCAAACCUGGCCCGGAGGCUGGAGGCCCUCAGAGACCAGAUCGGCAGCUCCCUGCGACGUGGCCGGAGCCAGCCACCCCCCAGUGAGGGCACACGGAGCCCUAGCCGAGUCCUCCCUCCCUGCUGAGGGCAAAGUGGGAACCCAGGAGACCACCGUGCGACCUUGGGCUGGGCUCUGUGCUCCUGGGCUGCAGUCUCCCCGUCUGUUGCAUGGGGUAGCAGCCGCUGCUCCAGUCUGCAGCCGGGCUGGGGGAGAGGGCCGGUGGGCAGUUUGGGGAAGCCAAGGGAGGGUGCCACCCCGAGCUAGAUGAAGUGAGACUGGAUUCCGGAGAAAUCACGCAGCAGGCGAUGACAUUUAUGAAUAAAGAGAGGCAUCAGCUUCAA